UAAAUUCUAACGGCAGCGCUCGGGAGCUCCCCGCGCUUCACUGUGGUUGGCCGGCAGGACAGUUCCAUCACUCUGCAGUGUGACUCGGAGGGCUGGUUUCCUAAGCUGGAGCUGCAGUGGAGGAAUGUGAAGGGUGCUGAUUUAACAGGGAGGGCUGUUCUCACUGAGAAGCCAGGAGCAGACGGGCUCUUCACUCUCCAGAGCGCUCUGCAGAUAUCGGAACAGGAGGCCGACGGGAUCAUCUGUCUUAUCAGACACGGGGAGGAGAAGAGAGUCCUACAGACUCGAAUCCACAUCGACGGUGAAUUCUUCACGCUGGUCGCCCCCUGGUGGAAGGGCUUGUCAGUGUUUUUAAUAGUUUGUGUAAUAGCUUUCGUAGUCCUCGUCGUUGUGGGCGUGUACAACUACAAGAACCUCAAAGAUUCUCAGGCAAUGGCUGAACAGAGUCACGAAGCAGAGUGUGAUGAUCUUCGUAAAGAAUUAAAAUCUCACGGAUUUGUCCUCAAAUCAGAAUGGGAGGCGAUUCAAAGAGAAUCAGUGGCUGUGACUCUGGAUCCUGAUACAGCACACUGUCGUCUCACUGUGUCUGAAGAUGGGAAACGAGUGAGAAAUGACUUCAAUGACAAGACUCUCCCCAACCCUGAACGGAGAUUUGAUCACCAUUACAUUGUGCUGGGCAGGGAGGGGUUCACCUCAGGGAGAAACUACUGGGAGGUGGAGGUGGGGAAGAGGGAUAAAUGGAAACUGGGUGUGGCCAGCGAGUCUGCCAAGAGGAAAGGACGUGUUGAUCUGAGUCCCAAGGAAGGUUACUGGGUGCUCCAGUUACUCAAUGGACGUGAUCUCAAUGCCUUGACCGACCCCGAGACCCCUCUCGAGCUGCUGCCCCCCAUGAAGGUCGGGGUGCAUCUGGAUUAUGAAGAGGGCAAGCUCUCUUUUUACAGGGUGGAGGAUCAUUUUGUUAUUUACACCUUCCUGGGGAAAUUCUCAGGGAAACUCUUCCCUUUAUUUAAUCCAGGAGAGGAAGGGUACGAACUUGUGAUCCUGAACAAACAAGAUCAAUCAGAUCAUUCCGUUUCAUCGAAGGCAGAGCCUCCCCACACCCCUGUGUAACUGUUCUCUUGUACCAGUUGCUUUGCAAGGGAAUUGAAAAUCCUAGGACCCUCCCAGUUUUAACUGAUGCCAUUAUAAAGGAGAGGACACUGUCCUGUCUUUUCAUUUCAGUACAGAUGUCGUCCCACGGCAGUGAAGAGGUUCAACUAAAUUGGGAAAACUCUCCCUUUAAAGUUGGCACCACACCAAAAAUUAUUUUUUAAAAGUUUUAACAAAAUCUCCUUGAAUCAACUCCAAAGGAUCUCUGUUUUAUAUCGUUGAUUAUUUUUUAUCAUAACUUAACCCUUAGCGGUCCGUUUAUUCGGCGCUUGCCAGGCUCGUCGGGUCCAAUUUAUUUUCACAUGCGCUGUUUAAAAUAUUUUUCUAAAGAGUAAAACAGGUUUAAAAGGCACUG